AUGGCCAAAUCCGAAUCCCAAGAGUUUGGAGUCCGGCAACUGAACUUUAUCUCACCAUAUGCAGGACCGCCCAUUUCCACAUUAUUGCACGAGAAUGUGGAUUCGCUCAAAUGUCGACUUCGAGAACGGUAG